CAAGAGGUUCAUUUCACCAGGGCCAUGACUACUUUGGUUCAAAUAAAUCAAAACAGUGUGCCACCAAUAGUACUACUGCUAUCAUGACUAAUGCCAUUCACAAUGCAAGAACCUGGUCAACAAGUGAUAUUGAUGGACUGUUGAUAAAUGGUGAUAAAAUGUACACUUUCAUGAAGCAGCAUGACAUGAUUAGUGAUGUCAAUGGUAGUGGAUACGUUUUUGUCAGGGAAUUACCCACAAAAUACACAUUGGACGGAAACACAUUCACCCUACAAUAUUUAGACACAUUUACUGGACAUGUUAACAUCCAAGAAUAUGAUCAGGAUCUUGCCAAUGUUGCUAUGCCUCUAGAUAAGGCUUUACAAAGAGCACUCGAUGACAACGACGCCUGCCUAAUCACAAUUAUGAACAGCACAUGUGCAGUUUUGAAGCAUGAGUCUGGGUUUUCGGUCUUUGAUCCACAUGCACGCGGUGAUGAUGGUGGUCUGGAUUUAAAUGGCUCCAGUAUUCUUGCACACCAUGCCACAGUUGAUUCAUUGAACAUGCACAUCACAAACCUAGUUCAGUCUUUAUGUGGCAAUGAUGAGCUGCAUAAUGCAUACCACUUGUUUGAAGCUACUGGUGUUAAGGUUGUUAGUGAUGGAACAUUUUCUGCUAGGACUGGUGGAAUGGAUACUGACAGUGUAGCAUUGCAUGACAGUUUUGCAAAUAUAGCAAGCCCAGAUGAGAAUAUGCUCGGUGUUUCUUUGGAACCAGGUCAUGUAACUGAUGACUCUGUGACGAUAGUGUCUCAAAGUAAUUGCAACAGCCUCACAUUUAGUCCACUGACACUGACUGAAAAACGGAGAAUAUGCACAAAGCUUAACGUUGUCCCAAGUUUUCAGGAAGAGAAGACUGUUUCCAGCAUUACUGUAGAUCAACCUGUGCCUUGUGCAGCCACAAGUAUAAGGUCAGAUGGGAAUUGCUUUUUCCGUGCUCUGUCCUAUGUUUUUAUUGGAUCUGAAGAAAAGCAUAGGUGUGUUCGUUAUGCUAUUGUAAAACAGAUGCUUGCAAAUCCAGAGAUAUACUCAAAAAUUAUUAGACCUCAGUACACAUCUGUGCAACAAUAUGUAACUGCUUCAAAAAUGAAGUAUGUGGGAACUUGGGCCACUGAAGUGGAAAUUCAGGCGGCGGCAGAUUUAUUUAAUGUGGACAUAUACACAUAUACUUCCGAAAAAUGGUUAAGAUAUCCUUCCAACAACACAGAUGGCCAUUGCAAGGGACUCUACCUUAAUCAUUACAACAAUUGUCAUUAUGAACCCAUAACCUGUGUAACAGAUAAAGUCUCUAAUGAGUGUAUCGGUUUCACUUCAUGUCAUGUAAAACACCAUACCAUUAACAAAGACAAAAUCACAAGCUGUAAAAAAGGGGAUACAAGAGAAAAAAGACAAAAGAGAAAGAGGUACAAUUUGGAUGACUUACACCGACAGAUCAAGAAGACUAAAAUCAAGGAAUGUUAUGACAAAGACCAAGACUACAGAACUUACAUGCAACAACAGAGUGUUAAGAACUAUGCAACAAAACCAGAUUUCAAAGAAAAGGUUAAAAAGUCCAGUAGAGAUAAGCAUGCUAGUGACCCUAGUUUUCGGGAACACCUCAAACAAUACAAAAAACACAAAUAUGCCAAUGAUCCUAUGGUUAGGGAAAAUGUCAAACAAUACAGCAAAAACAGGUAUGCCAAUAAUCCAGGGUUUCAGGAAAACAUGAAACAGUACAGCAAAGAUAAAUAUGCGAAUGAUCCAGACUUUCAGCAAAACGUGAAACAGUACAGCAAAGAUAAAUAUUCGAAUGAUCCUGAGUUUCAGGAGACCGUGAAACAGCACAGCAAAGAUAAAUAUGCGAAUGAUCCCGAGUUUCAGGAGAACGUGAAACAGUACAGCAAAGAUAAAUAUGCGAAUGAUCCCGAGUUUCAGGAGAACGUGAAACAGCACAGCAAAGAUAAAUAUGCGAAUGAUCCCGAGUUUCAGGAGAACGUGAAACAGUACAGCAAAGGUAUAAAUGUAUAUAAAUAUAAACAUCAAACAGAAUUUAAAGAAGCUGUCAAACAGAGAAGCAAAGACCAUUAUGCAUCCAUGAGUAAAGAAUCUAAAUUGGAGUUACAAGCCAUGAAUGUUGAAAGGUAUAGAAACAAUUCUCCCCAUCGUAAACGAAUAAAACUUUACCACAAGGAAUUGUAUAAUAUCAAUAUCGAUCAUGCUAUAUCUAUUAAAGAUGCUGUUGGUAAAAGAAGGAAUACUAUAUUCCUCCAAAAACACAACAUCGACUUUGUUAUCAAUCAGUUUAAGAUAAAAGUCCAGUCAGGUCCAACCUAUGUCUGUUGUGUUUGCCACAAGUUAUUGUUUAAACAUCAAGUUGUAAAAUGUAACUUAAACCAAUACAGAAAAAGUGCUUUGGCAGAAUCUGUAGCGAAGAAAUGCAUCACUUAUACAUAUGUCCACACUUGUGGAAAUUCUUGUGAAGUAAAUUGCCAUCUCCAAAAAACCACUGCAAGCAUGUUAUGGAUUUGUCACACCUGCAAUAACAAGAUUCUUAGAGGUGUAGUACCAGAAGACAGUGCUGUAAAUAAUCUCCACCCAGAUCCUAUUCCUGAAGAACUUGAUGCACUAAAUUCAUUAGAACAACAUUUGAUUGCACAACACAUUCCCUUUAUGAAGCUUUUAGCUUUACCAAAGGGAGGCCAAAACGGGGUUCAUGGGCCUGUGACAUGCGUGCCAUCAAGCAGUGAUGCUGUUUGUAAUAUUCUUCCAAGAUUAGAUGAUCAAGAUCUGAUGAUUAGAGUUAAACUAAAACGUAAACUAACAUUCAAGGGUCACUAUGAGUAUCAGUAUGUGAACACGCAAAAAGUUCAUAAUGCUCUGAACUUUUUAAAAGCCCAGAACAAGUGGUACACUGAUGUACAUAUCAACAACGAGUGGUCUAAUCCGUUGGAAAAGGUUACAAUUGAAGAGGCUUGUGGCUCUGGGCCUGGCCAGCCCGCUUGUGGCUCUGGGCCUGGCCAGCCCGCUUGUGGCUCUGGGCCUGGCCAGCCCGCUUGUGGCUCAGUUGAUGUUCCAGAACAUUACACUGAUAACCAGCACCAUGGAAUGUAUUUGGAUACAUGCUUGCAACCUGUUGACAUUGCACAAGAAAUUCUGGACAAUCACUUUGAAAGUAUUUUAUCUGUUGCUCCUGCUGAAGGAAAUAGCCCUGUAAGAUUGCUCAGUGACAUUGCUAAUGAGGCAAAGUGUUUUCCUGUCCUUUUUCCAAAAGGAACAGGCACAUUCCACGAACAGAGAGAUCACAGAAUUACACUUGCUAAAUAUCUAAAAAGCAGAAUAUUAAAUGCAGAUGGCAGAUUUGGAAAGAAUUUGGAAUAUAUUUUCUAUGCUCUAUACUUGUCUGAAAUUAAUCAAGUGGUUUCCAAUGUAUCAAUAGCUUUGAGAAAAGGAUAUCAGGGACAGCAUAACACUGAUGUUGCGUCAUCUUCAUCUAACAACCCAGACUUUUUGAAAGACCUCUUAAACUAUGAUAUGGGCUACAAGUUUUUGAAACCAAUUAGAGGCACACCUGUAUUUUGGCAAGGUGUUCAGAAGGACUUGAUGGCCAUGGUGAGAACUCUUGGAAUUCCCACAUUCUUUAUGUCAUUUUCUUCUGCUGAUUUACGCUGGCCAGAAUUUAUGGAAGCAUUUAUGUUUGCAGACAAUGUCAUAGGCAAUAUUGCUGACAUGGAAUGGACCCAAAAGUGUGACUUGUUAAAAAAUAAUCCUGUAACAGCAGCUAGAAUGUUUGACCAUAGGUUUCAUUGUUUGUUAAAAGAAGUCAUAAUGUCUCCAGCUCAACCCAUUGGAAAGGUCAUUGAUUACUUUUACAGAGUAGAAUUCCAGCAACGUGGCAGUUGUCACACACACUGCCUUUUUUGGGUGGAGUCACCUAAGAUUGGUGUAAACACCAAUGAAGAAGUUAUCACAUUUAUUGACAAAUAUGUGACAUGUGAGCUUCCACCUGAAAGUGACCCCAUGCAUGAAGUUGUCUCUGGUGUUCAGAUGCACAGCAGAAAACAUUCUAAAACGUGUAAAAAAAAGGGCACACCAUGUAGGUUCAAUUUUCCUCGACCACCUAGUAACCAAACCUUUAUUUCAAAACCACAGCCAAAUGUCUCUUGUAAAAAUUCAAAAAAAACAUCAGCUAAAAAACAAAACCAGCCUAACACAGAUCAGCAACAACUACAAAGUCAAGCGCCACCAGAUGAAACCGUGGUUGCCAAACAAAUGAUGGCCAAAGUUAAAGAAGCACUGACAAAUGAAAAUGCAACCUAUAACACCAUUGAUGAUCUUUUCGAUUCCAUUGGCAUCAAUCAAUCAAUAUUUGAAAAAGCUUAUCAAUUAACUGCACACAAACUAAGUGUUGUCCACAAACGCAAUGUAAAUGAUGUGUGGGUUAAUCAAUACAAUAGAGACCUUCUUCGUUGCUGGAAUGCAAAUAUGGACAUUCAAUUUGUCUGUGACGCCUAUGCCUGUGUGGUUUAUAUAAUUUCAUACAUUUCAAAAGCUGAAAGGGAAAUGGGUUUAUUGUUAAAACAUGCCCAGAAUGAAAUAAAAAAUCAAGGUAAUUUGGCAGCAAAAGAAUCCCUAAACAAGUUGGGCAGCAUAUUCCUACACAACCGAGAGGUUUCUGCUCAAGAAAGUGUUUACAGAGUAACAAACAUGAGAUUGAAAGAAGGAUCAAGGAAAGUGGUUUUUGUGCCAACAGGAGACAACAUUGUUAAAAUGAGCCUUCCACUCAGUGUAAUACAGAGCAGGGCUCAAAACCUUGACCCAACCAAUAACCAGAUAUGGAUGACCAAUAUCACAGAUAGAUACAAAAAUAGACCCAAAACACCUGAAUUUAGAGACAUGUGUUUAGCAACCUUUGCCUCUGAAUACAGAUGUGUUCCCAAAAGUCAAAAAUCCUCUGUUAUAUCACUUGAUAACAAAUGUGGCUAUGUUCAAAAAAGGACCAGGUCAGAUGCAGCUGUUGUCAGAUAUGCUCGUUUCUCCCCAACACAAGAGCCUGAAAAACAUUAUCAAAGCUUGCUUCAGUUGUUCUUGCCCUAUUACUCAAAUGAUGAGAUUAAACCAUCAGAUUUUUUAACUUUCCAAGAGUUUUAUACUGAAGGUUCCUUUACAACUGCUUCCAAACAAAUACAACCUGUCAAAGAUGUUGUCGACCAUAACAGAUCAAAAUUUGAAAUUAAAGCAGAGGAAUUGCAACAUUGUCAAGAUCAUGUCGAAGACCAUGGAUUUCAGGAGGAUGGUUGGGCUAACUUGUGUCCUGAGUCUGAAUUAGAUCGACUGGAAUGCCAAGCAGAAAGUGCUUUAAACAACAAUAAAAACCCUGAUGAAAGGGAAGAAAUUCCAGAUCUUGAACUAGUAGAAAAAACACCUUUUGCAGUAGAGUUCAGAAAGCAAAACAUCACACACGAGGAAGGCCAAUCACUCAUGCGUUCUUUAAAUGAACAACAGGCUGAAGUGUUCUACAAGAUACGACAGUGGUGCGUUGAUAAGGUUAAUGGAAAAAACCCUAACCCAUUUCAUGUUUUCAUUUCUGGAGGAGCAGGUACAGGAAAGUCGCAUUUGAUAAAGGCGGUGUAUUAUGAAUCAAACAGAAUACUUGCACGACUAUCAGACUAUCCAGAUGAUACUCAUGUUUUGCUAACUGCUCCAACUGGUGUUGCUGCAUUAAACAUAAAUGCAACCACAAUACAUAACAGUUUUGCAAUAGGUAACCAAAUUUCCCUACCAUAUCAACCAUUAAGGGAAGAGAAAAUAAAUACAUUGAGAGCCAACUUACACAAUUUGCAGAUACUAGUCAUAGAUGAAAUCUCAAUGGUUGACAACAAAAUAUUAACAUACAUUCAUGGUAGACUGCAACAAAUAAAACAAUCAUCAGACUUUUCACCUUUUGGUAAUGUUUCAGUGAUUGCUGUCGGAGAUUUUUUUCAGCUGCCACCUGUCAAAGGGAAGCCUCUUUACAAAGAAGAGGCUGGCUUCUGCUUAUGGCAUAACACUUUUACACACAUUGAGUUAACUGAAAUUGUUCGACAAAAGCAUCAACAGUUUGCCAUGACACUAAACCGCAUUAGGAAACACAAAAAAGGCAUGAAGCUCAAUGAAAAUGAUGAAAGACUAUUGAAACAACGAGAAACAGGUACGUCUGACUUUACAGAAGACCUUCACAUUUUUGCAACAAAUUCUGACGUGCAUACCCAUAACUUUAACAUGCUGCACAAGAUUUGCACAGACAUUGUUCAAAUUAAAGCACAGGACUUCAAAAAAAAUCUGCAAACAGGUACUUGUAUUAGAUUAUCUCAAACACAAGCUACUCAUGAAAACACAUAUUUGGAAAAACUAUUAAGUGUUGGGACAAAAGCUAGAGUGAUGCUAAUCAAAAACUUGGACAUUUCAGACGGUCUGGUUAAUGGAGUGUUUGGUACUGUAAUUCAAAUCAAGUUUUCUGAAAAACGCAUUGCACAUACGAUUUAUGUACACUUUGAUGACAAGAGAAUAGGUACAAAACUGAGACAUAAAUUCCCCUGUUCUGAUCCAGAACUUAAAUAUGCAACUCCAAUACAUCAAGAUGAAGACAAAUUGGCAUACACUGGAGGCAUUAGAAGACAGUUUCCAUUACGACUUGCUUGGGCAUGCACUAUUCACAAGGUGCAAGGCCUAACAUUAGACAGAGCUGUGGUAUCAUUCAAAAAAAUCUUUGCUGCUGGCCAAGCUUAUGUAGCAUUAAGUCGAGUCAAAUCAGUUGACAACCUUGUCAUACAAGAUUUCAAACCCACUGCAAUUUAUGCAAAGCCUGACAUAGAAGACAAUCUAAAAGUAAUGACUAGCUUCAUUAGCCCUUCAUUAAACCCAGUACCCAACAGCAAUCUAUCUCUCAGUCUACACAACAUCCAAGGGUUACCAAAUCAUAUAAAAGAUCUUAAAAGUAACCUUAAGAUGUUGGAUACAGACAUGAUAUGUCUAACAGAGACAUGGCUUGAAGACAAUAAACCGCUCAACUUUGUAGAAAUGCCAGGUUGGAUAUUCAAACACAAAACAAGAUCCCAAUCAUACAUUGACACAGCUAACACUUGCAGCUUGAAAAAUAGAAAUCAUGGUGGUAUUGGUGUUUUCUACAAAAAUACGAUUGCUUGUAAUAUUCUUGAUGUACAGUAUGACGAUUUAGAAGCAAUUGUAUUUAAUGUACAACCUCAUGACUACAACGUGUUACUGUUGUACCGUCCACCAUCAUAUAACAUCUCUCAUUUUAAGAUGCGCUUGGGUAGUGCUUUAAGCCUUUUCGAUACCCUUUCCGGACCAAAGAUUGUUCUGGGUGACUUCAAUGACAAUGCUCUGACUUCUAAUUCCAUACUGGAUUUCAUGGGUCAAAGAUUAUACAAUCAAAUAGUAACCACACCAACAACUGACGGUGAGACUUUAAUCGACCACAUUUACAUUAAGGACUUUGGUCCAACAACAGUCAGUGCUACAGUUAUACCGACGUACUACAGCUACCACAACAGCAUCUUCAUGACUUUCAUUUGACCAAAAAUAAUCUUAUAUUUUAGAUAUGCAGAAAGCAACCCCCCCCCUUUUUUUUUAGAUCAUUACUAAAAAGGUAAAACGCAUAUCAUGAAGUUCUGAUACAUUCAACCUCAGACCCAUAAAACAAAAAUAUAACUGUAUUCACUUUUCUAAUAUCUUCAACAACAGUCAAUAUUUUUAUGUGCUCCAAAAACCUUAUUGACCUGAAUAGAUCUGCCUACCAAUUUUAUCAUUGAUAAUAAAUGCCAACCUAUGAUAAACACACAUAAUGGAAGGAACAGAACAACAGAGAAGAAACACCAAUUCAAUUAACCAAAAAAUUGCCAUACUUGGAUACAAAAUAGGUAUAGAUAAUCAAGAACAAGGGUCCCCUAAGACCAACUUGCACACAUUACAUACACAAAUUACUUCAGUCACAUUUGCUUCCACAGGUUUUGAUAACUCUUGAUUUUUGUUUGCUUUAUUUUUGUAUAUUGUAUUCGCAUUUAUGCUUUUUUUUUUCCUUCUAAACUUCAUUUUUUUUCUGCACAUUUGUGUUAAUUUUUUUUACUUCAGUCUUUUUUUUUUGCAACUUUUUUAAGUUUGCAAAUGUAUCGUUUUGUGCCACAUUUUUCAAUUUUUGAUUACUUUUUAAAAUUUACACUUUUUAAAUCUUUUUACAGAUUGAAAUCUUUUGUGUACUUCUCAUUUAUUUAAGACAACUUUUGACAAUCUAAAUUUUUUUCUCACAAUUUUUUUAUUUUUUCCAAAUUUUAUUGAUUUUUGUUUUAAUUGCUUUUUAAUUUUCAAAUGUUUUGCAUGUUUACAGUGAUACUUUUUCCAAUUUGGGUAUUUAAGUUUUUUGGAAACAUUUUGUUUAUUUUAAAGCAUCUCCUUACCAACUGUAUAUAACAACUUUAUGGUAAAAGUCAUAUGUUGUUCCACUGGUAAAAGCAAAACUGUUCGGCUCUCAAUGGCAAUCAGACAACAAUUCUAACUGCCACCAUGCCAAACAGGACACAGGAAAAAUGGAAUU